CGCGUAGUGUCGCAUAGUGCGUGAAAGCAGGCAGCGUUUACUCACGAGAGAAAUCGCCCCUCACGGCUAAAGAGGCACAGCUUCUCGGCGACGUUCACUGGACCUGAAAACGAUGUCCGACGCGAUAGUGGAUGAACGAGUGACUGAUGAGAUUGAGGCAUUAAAAGCAAUCCUAUUGGAUAAUGAGCUCGACAUCAAGGAAAAUGAUAGAGGAGAGCCAGAGUGUAUCGAAACGAUACUGUUUCCAUCAACUGGCGAGGACUCACAAUCACAAUAUGUUUGUGUCACACUGAUUGUACGAUUACCCUCGGGUUAUCCCGACGUCUCGCCAAAUAUCAAUUUGAGAAACCCAAGAGGAUUGGAUGAGGAUACGGUAAAGCUGAUGCAAUCCGAUGCUGAGGCCAAAUGCAAGGAUUUCAUAGGUCAACCAGUGAUGUUUGAAUUAAUCGAGUUAAUACGAGAACACCUGACAAGAAGCAAUCUUCCCACCGAUCAGUGCGCCGUGUGCUUGUACGGCUUCCGAGAAGGAGAUGAAUUUACGAAGACGGAAUGCUAUCACUAUUUUCAUUCGCACUGUUUGGCGGCACACGUCGCCGCUGCUGAAAGAUAUUACAGAGAAGAGCAGGAGAAAUUACCGCAAUGGCAGCAGGAUACUACAAACAAAUUCCAAGCUAUAUGCCCCGUUUGCCGAGAAUCAAUCAACUGCGACGUCGAAAGCUUGUGGUCGGCGCCACCGCCGAUCGACGUCGAGGCUGCCACUGAUUUCUCUGUCACCGCCGAGUUGAGAGAACUGCAGAAGCACAUGGCUGCUCUGUAUCUGCGGCAGCAACAGCGUGGCGGUAUAAUUGAUCUGGAGGCCGAAGGCGUCAAGAUGUUGGUAAGAACGGAGGACGAUCCCGCCGCUGCUGCGGAAGAAGUCAGUCCACCUGGUACGAGUUUGAAUGCGUAUUCAAAUACCAGCACCAUGCAAUCAGUCACUCAAGUGCAGCACUCGAAGCAAUCGACGCAUCAGUCGCAGAACCACCAUCACUCACAGUAUCAAUCGCGUCAGAUGCAGCACAAUCACGGCCACAACAAUCAUAAUCACGGCCAUCGACACCGGGGUCGCGGUCGAGCCCAUUAUCAUCGGCGCCACUUUGACAAAGUCAGGCAGACGGAAUCUACUCCCAGAUGACAAUGGGCUCGUGAUAAGUACGCCAUCCAAGUCUGGUCUGGUCUCCUUUUCUCUCUUUCGCUAAGUGUAUACAAUGUUCUAUUUAGCAUUAGUAGCAUAAUCGUCAGUGUAAUAUAUGAUGGCUGUUUGUCCUCCUCGAAUAGUCUCAUUGCGAUAACAAACUUAUAGGUGUCGUUGUUCGACGACAGCAUUCCCAUCGUCGCUACGUCGGCGAUGGAAUGCGUCGCAACUUUCUGUCUGGACUGUCUACGUAGAUCGAAGCCAUGUUGCUCUUUCUUCGAACAAUUCGUAAUCGUACAAAGUAGUUGAUAUUGGUUCGCCUUAGUUCCUUAUUCUAAUUUUUCUUUACGUUUUAAUUCACGUGGAAUCUCGUGACAUUCAAUCUACUGGUUCCCUUCGUCUUUCGAAAAAUACAGUGUUCCAAAUUA